AUGGGUAUAAUAUGUCUUGGAAUGAUUGUAACUAGUGCUAAACGAAAUGGUAGAAGCAAGGCAAUACAAUCAGGCAGUCGAGAGUGGGCUACGGCAAUUAUAUAUGGCAAUGAAGAGGGUGAAACUAUACCUCCAUUUCUGAUGGUUCAAGGACAAGUUUAUCUUUCCAAUUGGUAUACCGAAACCGAUUUUCCUGCGGAUUGGGCUAUUAAACCUACUUCUAAUAGAUGA